AUGAGCGUUGAGCUUGGCGAAGCAGCCUUCCUGAACAUCAAUGUAAGAGCCGACAGCGAUGCCAGGACACAGCGCAGAAGACCCCUUCAACGUAGACCCACGCCACCAUCUGAGACACCAUUCGCAUCAGGGUCCGCUGCAAAGUCAUCAAAAGGAGCGGGAGGAAAAGCAUUCGCAGCACGUCGCAAGCACGACACAGGGCUGUCCGCCGAGCAGGGCCAAUUCGAUCGGUUUCGGACAGCCGCGUUCCCGUCGAAGACAAACGGUCUCUUCCGAUGGUCCUUUGACGGAAACACCGACGUUGCCCCGAAUCAGAUGGAGCAAAACCACCAUGUUACCUCCAAGUACUGUGGUGAUCGAGACGGAGACGCCGAGCACCCCGAGCUGGGCGGCCCUCAUGAGAAAGCUUAG